AUGAUAUGCUGCUGUUUUCGUUACCGCAUCCCGCGGACGAAGCAGCAAAUCGAGGCAGACUACCAGCGCCGGAAAAUCACGUCCAAAUUCCGCCAACAAUUAGAGACCAUACAAGACUCAAGAAUGGACGCUAUGUCUUUGAAAGAUGCCUUGGAACUGUUACACGGGAAGACGAGUCACAACAUGGAGGGCGACAACCAGCAGGGGUCUCAGCCGAGUUCCAUAGUGUCGCCACAACAGAGUUCGUUGGAGGCUUCGUAUCAACCGGAGGGCGGUCAGCGGCCGGAACCGCAAGUGUCAGGCAUGAGCUUCGCCAAGAUGGCGGGGAAAAUUGCCACUCUCUCCAAACUGGGACAACCGAAGGCCCCCACCUCGCCGACUUCGACCGCACCGUCACACAACAAAAUGGACUUCUGA